UAUUUUUCAAGAUGGCGGACGAAGAAGAAAGUGUUAAACAUAGACUUGAAGUUAUACCAACUGGAGAUCCAGAUGAUGAAACAUGCGCAACGUUUGUAAUGCACGAGGAAGAUCAUACUCUAGGGAACUCGCUAAGAUAUAUAGUCAUGAAAAACCCAAAUGUGAAGUUCUGUGGCUAUACUGUCCCACAUCCUUCAGAAAACAAAAUCAAUUUUAGAAUACAAACAAAUGGUGUUCCAGCUACUGAUGUGCUCAGAAGGGGACUUUCUGAAUUAUCAACUGUCUGUGAACAUGUGCUUGCUACAUUUGAGGCAUCAGUUGAAGGAUACAAGCAAGCUCAAGUAACUAGCAAGAGAGACAGUGGUUCCAUGUCAUCAUCAGAUCAAGAGUAGAUUAAUUUAUUUGAUAAGAAAAUAGAUUGGAAGUCAUAGUCAAAUUACAAAAAAGAUGCAAUYGAAUUUUAAAAUGACUUGAUUUUUGUUCCUAAUUGUUAAGAACAAACAAAAUAUGCCUUUUAAAUU